AUGAUGCGGCGUGUGGUUAUUAUGGGGCUUGUGGGCCGUGCGGCAUUUUGCCGAAGUGGUAUGAAUAGCUUUCGUUUUAUGGCAAGUGACAUUAAUGCUUCAUGUAUCAUCAAUACCGUGAAAGAAGGCGGCAUGUUUGAUGAGGCUUCCAUACGGAAGGCGGUGCAGCUUUUCACAGGUGGUCUCAGUGACAGUUCCUACGGCCUUUGUUACACGGAGGAUGAGGUGACGAAUCAUGUCAAGGGAUUUCUCUGCGCCAAGGCAAAGAGUACGAUGGGAGACCCCUUUGAGUACGUCCAUGAAAGCGAUGACUGUGCCUUUUAUAUCUGCCUAAAGGAUCAUGAGAGCCAACUUCGUGCUGUUCGGCGCCUUUCACGAUUUGUGAGUCGUGUGAGAGAAGCGAAUGAGUGCAUUUCCAUGCGGGGGUACACCACCGAUGACGGCACCACCUCCGUCUACACCGCCAAGUGGCAGCCAUUUGUCAACCCACAGCCGAAGCUAGGGGAGACGGAUAUUAAACAACUUGCAAGUCAUGUAUUUCUUGAGCAACGUUCACCGGAGCUGCAAAAUCGUUACCAGGAACUUCUUACCCGCUUUAAAGGUUCUGUUGGACCCGUCUUUACGUUAGUUGACGGGAAAGAUGGUGAAACAUGCUUCUCUAUGGCUAUUGCUGCCGAUCGUAACUACUACCUGGCAUCGCUCAUGGCGAUCAUACGCGAAAUUCCAGGAGCGGUGGUACUUCGCAGUUUUUCCGAGACCUUUUCGAAUGGCGUUCAUAUUUACACGCUUUACAUUGAUGGGGCUACUGGCACGCAGCUGCAGGAUCGUGUUUCCAUGGUGUGUCUGCUCCCUAAUCGUCCUCCAAACUCCAUCACUCGACUACACGAAGAUCUGAUCUUCAAUGUGGAACAAACCGUCUUUACGGAUGCCGCUAUUGUGUUUGCCUUUUACUUUACACCGAACCCCACUUCAGACGACUACCAUCAUCUUCGCGCGCUUCUUUUAAAGGAGCCAAAUGGGGUAAAUCGCCUCAAUUCUUUACGUACCUCAUUAAGUCUUGAGAUGAUGUCUGAGCGAUACAUUGGCACCCUCAUCAGCCUCUAUCCGGAGUACAUGAUUGAUAUCUACGAAGACUUCCGUCGUGGGAGCA